AGUAGCGCGGUUUCCAUGGCGGCGGCCGGAAGCGGAAGUAGCGCAGUCUCCAUGGCGGCGGCCGGCGGUGCCGUGUUGUGGCGGCGGCUCUUGGGCCUGCUUCCUCACGGGAGGCUGGGCCUAGCCGCGCUGCUCGGGCGCCUCUCGGACCGCCUGUCCCUCGGCCGGGACCGGCGCUCCCGGAGAUCAUCAUGGCUGCUGCUGGCCCCAUUGCUCACCCCUGUGGUUCCUCAGGUCACAGCCCCAUCUUUCUACGUUUGUCCCGAGGGUGCGCACAGGUUCCAGUGGAUCAGGAACCUGGUUCCAGAGUUUGCGGUCUCCAGCUCUCGCAUCCGGGUGCUCUCAUCCCCAACUGAAUUCUAUGAACUCAUGAAGGAACAGAUAAAGGCAGCCAAGCAGCGAGUAGUGGUGGCUUCGCUGUACCUCGGAACAGGACUCCUAGAACAGGAGCUGGUGGAUUGCAUAGAAGAAACCCUGGAGAGGUCACUGCAGGCAAGUGGGCCCUCUGACUUCAGAGUUUCCAUUCUCCUAGAUUUCACAAGGGGAUCUCGAGGCAGGAAGAACUCUCGAACCAUGUUACUUCCACUGCUGAGAAGGUUUCCAGAGCAAGUCCGUGUAUCCCUCUUCCACACUCCAAAUCUGCGUGGGCUUCUCAAAUGCUUAAUCCCUGAGCGUUUCAACGAAACUAUCGGGCUGCAGCACAUCAAGGUUUACCUCUUUGAUGAUAAUGUGAUCCUGAGUGGUGCAAACUUGAGUGACUCGUACUUCACCAAUCGGCAGGACCGCUAUGUGUUCCUACAGGACUCUUGCGAGAUCGCAGAUUUCUUCACUGAACUAGUGGAUGCAAUUGGAGAUGUGUCGCUGCAGUUACAGCCAGAUGAUACAGUCCAGAUGAUAGAGGGGAUGGUGCAUCCUUACCAAGGAGACAAGACGACAUAUUGUGAAGUGGCAAAUAGGAAAGUAAUGGAAGUGAUCAACGCUGCCAGGACACGACAAGAACUCCACAUGCAGACUUUUCAUGGGAGGAGAUCAGAAGGAGAUCCGUUAUUGCCCCAGCAAAACCCUGGUGCAAGAGGGGACCAAAAAACAGAAACGGACACCUGGAUUUAUCCACUAAUUCAAAUGAAACCCUUUGGGAUUCAAAUAGAUGAGAUAGUCACAGAGACGCUGCUGACAGAGGCAGAGCGAGGUGCCAGAAUACACCUCACCACUGGUUACUUCAACCUCACGCAAGCCUACAUGGAUCUCGUUCUGAGCACCAGAGCAGAGUAUCGGAUUCUGCUGGCCUCACCGGAGGUGAACGGGUUCUUUGGUGCCAAAGGGGUGGCAGGUGCCAUUCCUGCUGCCUAUGUUUACAUUGAGCAUCAGUUUUACAGCAAGAUGUGCUGCCUUGGCCAGCAAGACAGGGUCCAACUGCAGGAGUACUACAGGAAUGGAUGGACUUUCCAUGCUAAAGGAGCAAAGGAGUCUUACUGAGCUUCAGCAGGAUCAGUGCUGGGGAAGACGUAAACCUGAAGAAACAUGGUGUGUCAGCCAUUUAGAUCUUGUUUUCCCUUCUGAGUGCUAGAGGGCCCGUCUGCAGUCCCCAUUUCUGGUAUGGUUCGCCCUUUGGCUGACGUGUGAUUCACCUGACUUGUUCUUCUGUGAUCCUCGGCAGCAGAAUGAUGCUCAGGACUGCAAAUGGGCUGAAAGGGGGAAGCAAGAGGGGACCUCAGAGACAGAGUUUGAAAUAAGCGUAGAGUUUGGGUCUUGGAACAGGGUAUGGGAUCAACCCCAAGUCUUCCUGCUUCUCAGUAGCAGUUGUGCAUCUUGCUUUCUUUGUCAGCCUUCAGAGGAAGGCACCCUUUAAUCUCUCAUAGGACCUGGCUCUUCUAUGCUAUUGUGUUUUGGCUAUGCAAGCCCUGGUUAGACACUUGGUGUCCAUACAGACAAUGCUGCACAAGCUUUCCCACUGCUGUUGUGGUUGAACUUGUCCUGAGUAAGGCUAAGUGCUCUUACAUUUUGCACAGUUGCAGCGCCAGUGUGCAUGGAAAAUGUCAGUUUUGUACCUAAGGAGAUUUCCAUGGCCUGUGUCUGAGAGCAAACACGCAGUGGUGGCAGUUCCUGACCUGGUGAGAUGAGGGGCUGUUGUGUCUCCUGCUCCAGUGUCAGGAGAUUGGGUGCCAGGUGGGUGUCCUUUGGGACCCAGAUGAAGAUGCUUUAUUGCCACUGAAUGAGGAUUGGGAAACUCUGCCUUUCCCCUCCUGGAAAAGUGAGUCAUUGUGUGAGCAAACGCCUCCUGGCACAGUCACAAAGCCAAGGCCACAAGAAGGGCUGCAGGGUUCCCUCCCUUAGCUACAUGAGAGAGGGAGGUGACUAUAUUCUCCCCUUAGUCACUACCCCAGCUUGGCAGGUGGGUUCCUGACGUCAAUUUCUUGCCCCAACCCCAGCUCUAGAUCCGAUAUCUGCUACCACCAGACCAUCCCUAUCUGGGAGUCUGCUCGAGUAAAUCAAAAAAGAUUGUGGGAAGUGCUGAAGCUCUGCAUAGCUCAUGUGUUUCUUUGUGGAUUUCAGGGGCUCCCUGUGUGGACAGUGUCCAGAAAUUCCUUCCAGGCCCAGUGGGUGUGGUAGGCAUGGGGAGCAGCCUUUCAUUGGGCUGUGGUAUGGGCAGCUGCCAUUCUUGAACUGGAAGGUGUAACUGAAAGUGGCAUGGGGGAGGCUGCUGGCUUUGUGGUGCUGUGGGGGUGGGGAGUAUGUUACAGGAACAGGCGGUGAAUCGGCAGCCUCUUACUCAAGGCAUUCUUGGAAGUGCUCUUGGUCUGAAUUAGGAAACCUGCGUCUAUUCAGGGACUAGGUGGUUUUUAAGCUAUAGCUUCUCUGCUGUGUUCUUUGUGUGACUUGUGGGCUGGGAAAAUGCAUCUGUUGUUAGGGACACGCCCAGGACUUGCAUGUGCCCUGCUUAGCAGAGAGCAAGCAACUACGUUACAUCAGCUUCUGUCCAGCAAGUGGCCUUUCAGGCUUCCUUCAGCCAUAGCUUACUAGCACCUCUGGGUGUUCUUCCACCCUCCAUCUUAUAAAUGCUGUGAUGUGCCUGAGACUCUCGGGGCCCUUCAGCUACCAGUCAUGAGCUUGUGAACUACUUCCCUGGUUGCAUGACGCCAGACCCUAAUUCCAUUUAUAUCUGGCCGGGGGUGGGUUUCCCUGGGGCUUUAGGGUAUGUUUCUCUUGUGACUAGUGUUGGAAGAAUGAAGAGGAGCUCUCCAGUAUCUUUGUUUGGGAACUGGGAGUCCCAGGAAAUUGAAUUGUGCUGUGCUAUAAAUAGGAGCAGUUUGAAUUUACCCUCUGGUGGUGAUCAAGGAAACAAGUGGGUAUGAUCAUUUGUAUCUGUCCUAUUGGUAACGAUCUUGGAAUUCACUGGCCAGAGCCAGCCAAUGCAAUUGUUCAGAGUCUUCAUGAUGCCAUCUCUUGCAGACUCUGCCCUCAGGACUGGGUAAUGUAACUUACCAGCUCUCAGUCCAAGAGGUUUUUAGAGGUAACCUCCGAGGGGGGGAAAUUGAGCUUGUGCCCCGCUAUGGUAUAUUUUUUUCCUUGCCGGGUGGAGAAGGUCUGAAAGCCAUUAUAAGCUGCAGAGAAAAGGCAAGGCUAUCUGCACACACGCACCAAUUCCAUUCAAAGUUUGCAGAGAACUCAAAUGAAAAAGUUACAGAACUUCCCAACCACAACACCCAGGGAAAAGUUUGAGAGGUAAAAGUGUUCUUGCUAAAGAUGAGGGUAUUCUUUGCCAGGGUGCCUGCUGGUUACUUAAAGAAACACAAAGACUUAGAGAAAUUGGAGGGAUAUUGUUCAAACCCUUUCAUAACAUCUGACACCAGUGAGCUGGUUACCAUAGUGCACGAUGUUACCUUUAGAUAGUAGUGCACUGAGCCAAUUUCCCUUGCACUCACAAGCUAUUUGCAGUUGAGAGAUAUGAUAAGGGAGCUGCUUACUCCCACCUGCAGUAAGGAGAAACUGAGGUAUAAAAAUAACACAGGGGUGAGGUCCAGAAUGGCACUUAGUCCUGUUGCUGCCAGUGGAGUGGGCCAUUGGCUCCACGCAGGGAGGAACAGCCCAUAGCGCAGAAUAUCACAGCAUUCUUGCAAUGCUGCAUAGCCCUCUGUUUCAAGAGGGCAGAUCUGUUGGAAGGUGGGAGGGGCAGCAUUAAGGAUGAUUGUUUUGUAGAUGGACAGACUUGGGGGUUGCAUGUUGCUGUGCAGAUGUGGUCUCUCUAGGGGAGCAUUGAAAUAGCCAUGUUUCCAGAAUAUUUAUCUGUGUUGUGGGGGGGGGAAUGGAAACUGAGUCAGGAUUACUGUGCAGAUCUCCAGGGCCCAGGGGAUCAAGAACUCUCUUUCCAGUCACUGAAGAGAAUGCUGCAGACACAUUUCUCCAA